UAAUGGCUUUUAUACAUUAGUUUGACGGUUGUGCGAGACUGUAAAUCACUUCCUGAUUUUACACUUGACGCUGUUAGAAGUUACUCAUUGAGUAGUUCAUUAUAAGAGCUUAUUAAGAUAUAUACAUACAUAUCGAUAUAUCUCUCUCUCUAUACGCUUCAGGAUGGACAUUCCACGUGUUCCGUGGCAGGAGCAUGUUGCCCAGCGGUGGAGAGGACUUUCUCCUGGGGACCGGCGGAGGUUCACAUCCCUGCAGGACAUCGACGCUGUCUUCAAGUUCGCUGCUGAACAGACAACCAGUGAAGAAGAUGUGGAUGUUCUGCAAGGGAUCGCCAAGGGUUACCGGGUGCAGAAGGACGCAGCGCGAGCUGCCCUCUGCAGGGAGCGUGGAAACAGCAGCUUCCAGAUCAGAGACUACACAGCUGCUGCGCUACACUACUCACAGGGUGUGUGUUCUUCCCCCCGGGGUUCCGAGCAGCUCUCUCUGUGCUAUGCCAACCGGUCUGCGUCGCUCUUCCAUUUACAGCGGUACCAGGAGGCCCUGGCCGACGUGGCCAGCGCCCUGCAGCACGGCUAUCCUCCUCACCUGAGGCCCAAGCUGGAGGGCCGGCGGGGGCAGUGCCUGGGACGGCUGUCUGAGGGGGGGGGGGCGGAGCCUAAAGACUCAGGGGGGAAGGACGGCCCCCACGACGACCCGUCUCCAUCUGAACACCGGGUGGUCGCUAGUGGGGAUCCCGGUGCUCAGAUCUCCCCCUGCGUGUCGGUCUACUUCCACCCAGAAAAAGGUAGACAUCUGGUGGCCACUGAAGGGGUGGCAGCAGGGGGGCUGAUCAUGGUAGACCAGCCCUACAGCUGCGUCCUCGUACCCGGGACCGAGGCCCUCAAAGGGAAGCCGGGGAGGAGGAACCAGGUGGAAGCGGCGUCCUUCGGGACGGAGGACCGGCGAUGUCACCGGUGUCUCCGUGAGACCCUGAGCGCACUGCCCUGCGAGGGCUGCUGCUACAGCCGCUACUGCUCGGAGGCCUGCCGCCAAGGGGCCCGGGAGGAGCACCACCGCUGGGAGUGCCCCGUCGGAGCGGAGCUGGCCGUGACGGGGCUGAUGUCCCAGCUGGCGCUCCGGGUGGCGCUGAAGGCGGGGUGGGAGAAUGUCCAGAGGGCGCGGAAAUCGGUCACGGAACGGGAGUCGUACGGACCAAAGCUUCCGGGCGGCGUCUCCGUUGACGCUUCGCCCGCCACGGACGAAGGCCACCCUUCUGACGUCUACGUCAGCGUCUACCGCCUGCUCCAUCACCUGGGUCGCCAGAGCCCCGAGCUACGCUUCCUGUGCGCGGUCACCAUAGCGACCCUCUUCCUGAUGCUGAGGCGGGCGGGGCCGCCGCCCACCUCUUGGGGCGGCGGCGGAUCCCCUCGGACGAACCUCAGCCAAGAAGACGCAGGCUGGCUCCCAGAGCACUGGCUGCUGGGUAGUGUAGUUCUGAGGCACAUGCUGCAGCUGAGGUGUAACGCGCAGGCGGUCAGCGUCCUCCAGGCUGAAGGUGCCGGGGGCUCCAGGGUUCAGGCCGUGCACGAGGUCCAACUCGCCAGCGCUCUGUUCCCCGCCCUCAGCCUCCUCAACCACGGCUGCCGCCCCAACACCAGCCUGCAGUUCAGCCCCCCGCCAGCAGGGCCCCCCGGAGGGGUCACACUGGCAGUCAGAGCGGCGGAGGACAUCGCUCCCGGACAGGAGGUCCUGCACUGCUAUGGUCCUCACAGCAGCAGAAUGCAGACCCCUGAGCGCCAGCGCCUCCUGCUGGCGCAGUACUACUUCCACUGUGGCUGCGCCGCCUGCUCCCAGCAGCCUGGAGGCCCGUCUGGAGGUCUGCCCGGAGGCCCGUCUGGAGGCCCAUCUGGAGGCCCUUCUGGAGGCCCAUCUGGAGGCCUGUCUGGAGGCCUGUCUGGAGGCCCGUCCGGAGGCACGGAGCUCCAGGGCCUCCAGUGUGAGGUGUGCAGGAGCCCCCUGCAGAUCUGUGCGGACGGGAGGGGGGGGGCGGUCUGCGGCCGGGCCCCCUGCUGCUCUGAGCUGAGCCUCAGACUGCAGGAGGUCAAGGGUCACCUGGAGACGGCUGGGGGGCACCUGGACGGAGACCGGCCAGACGAGGCCCUGGUGUUGCUGAACAGCGCUUCCCACUCCGCUGGAGCGCUGCUCUCUGAGAGCCACCCCCUGCUGGGAGAGCUGGCGGACGCCCGCGCCCGCGCUCACGCUGCCCGGGGUGAUUGGAGGAGGGCUGCAACCCAGCUGAAGCUCAGUACGGUGGCCACAGAGGUUCAGUACGGGGGGCGGAGCCUGGAGCUGGGACGCCAGCUCUUCAAACUGGCCCAGCUCCACUUCAACGGUGGCCAGCCUGCGGACUCCCUGGCUGUGAUCCCCAGAGCUCAGAGCCUGCUGCUGCUGCACUGUGGUCCCCACUGCCCGGAGAUGCACGAGCUGCAAGCCAUGGAGGAGUGUCUCACAGGGCAGCGCGGGAGGCCACCGAAACACCUCUAGCCGUGCCCAGCGCUUCUACUGGUGCACAUUGUAAUUUAAUAAAUAGUAUUCAUGUCACUUUGAA